CCAAACCCCUCCAACGCCUCGGUGCCAUGGUCUCCGACGGCCCCCCUCGAGGCCCUCCAGGAAGAAGCUGACGAUGCCCUCGAGCUCGACGAGUUUGAGGAGGGCCUCGACGUUCUCUUGAUCCUCGAACGCGCCUACGAGCGCGCGCUCAAGGCCCACGUCGUGCCGCCCGUGACUGGGGCCGGGCGGGCAAACACCCCGCCGCCUCCACCUCUCCCACGAGCCCGGGCACGGGAAGGUAGCGCUGAGCCCGUUCCGCUCAUGACCGGCUCCUCGACCGCUCUCCUCGCCGUGCUCGACCACGCCCCGCCUGCGCCCGUCCGCCCGCCGCCCGUCCCGCCCGUAUCGGGCUUCUACCCCUCGCCGGCUGCCCCGCCGCCGCAUCCCAGCGCGGCUGCGGGUGCACACGGCACGACCGCGACCGCGAUGGCCGCGAUGGACGAGUGCGAUGCGGUCAUUAGGAUCGCGCAUCUGGGCGACUGCAUGGGGAUGCUGGUGAGGGGCGACGAGAUCGCGUGGCGGAGCGACGAGAUGUGGUGGUCGUUCAACACGCCACUGCAGCUUGGCCCCGCGUCGCGCACCCCGCCGGAGGCCGCGCAGAUCCUGACGCUCCCCGUCAAGGCGGACGACAUCCUCAUCCUCGCGUCCGACGGGCUGAGCGACAACCUGUGGGACGAAGACGUGCUCGACGAGGUCGUGCGCUUCCGCCGGACGUUCCUCGCGCCCUCGGCGUCCGCGCCCACGCCCACGUCUGCGUCUUCUGGCGUUCCCGCCUCCGCGACUGCGCCUGCAGAGGCGUCUGCGAACGGAGACGCGCAGCAGGCUGCGGGGAGGCAGGCGCAGGGCCAGCAGCGGGGCUCGGCCACGUCGCUGUACGGCCGCCGCACGCUCGCGGGGAUGCUCUCCGAGGCGCUGUGCUCGCGCGCGAAGCGCGUCUCGCAGAUGCGCGGGGCGCGGCCCGGCUCUGGGCACGGGCACGGACACAGACACGGACACGGGAAGCGCACGGGCGAGCGUGAGAAGGGCGAGAAGAGCGAAAAAGGCGUGCCGGUGGACGAGGACGAGAUCCCGUUCGCGCGGCGCGCGAGGGAGGAGGGGCGCGCGUUCCGGGGUGGGAAGAGCGACGACAUCUCGGUGCUCGUUGCGGUGAUCUCGCCGGCGGAGGCGAAGGAGCGCGCCGAGGGCGCGUCGUCCAAGAGGACCAAGGUGCAUCUGUAGCCUGUUGGUGUGUAGAAGGCCGGAUUUAGAGCGGAGAUCCGCGGCCGUGCGUGGGCGCCGGUCUAGUCAGGCCUCAGGCCUUUUCGGUGUCGCGCGCCGAUCGACGAAGUUUUGGCCAUCUAUGCGUGUUGUUCGUCUGUAUCUUUUUUGUUCACGCCGUCUCUCUCCUCUCUCGUUUCUCUCGUUUCUUUUGUUUAUGUAUGUCUGGUCGCUCGCUCGCUCGCUGCUUUAUCCUACUUGCUACUACAUGCUCCCUCGCGCUUAUUUACAUCUGUACUCCACAUCUCGCCAUCCGUCUUUCUCGCUCGCUCGACCCGCACCCACGCUCACGCGCGCUACGCACAUACGUGUCCAUCGUGUCGUUAUACUCGUACAAACACAAAUACAAACCAACGCAUACAGUC